AUGUUGCUUCGUCUGUUGCCCGUUCCCACCGCGGAACAACCUGCACCGCCUACCAUCCUUUUCACCCUUCCACUCCCCGUCCACCCUUACACAUCCAAAUCUCUUCCGCUCCCCGCCAACUUACAUGCUCAUCGAUCUGUCUGUCUACAGGAAGACAUUGACUGCAGCAAUGUUCUACUUGGCGAGAAAUCGUCAUGGAUCGGAGGUAUCAUCGACGAGGUGACAUUCUCUAUGGCAGCUCAAGAAAUUACCGUUCGAUACAUUGACAACUCGUUUUCUCUGGUUCCUCUCACACCCGAAUGCACCGUCCAACUCGGCAAUGUCAUUCAGCAGGUUCACCUCUCGUUUCAACCUGCUCCUGCUCCGGCUUCCACCACCGAUUCAGCGCCUCGAGCCAGCACUUCGUCUGCAGCUUCCGUCUCUUCCGCGGCGUCUUCAGCCUCGGGAUCGAGCACUGGAUCCAGCACCAGCGGUCACCGACGAACACCCUCGUCUCUCCUCUUCUCCUUCCUUUCGCCCCUCUUGUCGUCUAACCAAUCUCAAGCCGCGGCCACAAGGUAUCAAUCUCCUGUGCCUACUCCUCAACCCCCCGCUCGAGUUCACCGACGAUUGGCAAGAUCCCUUCUGGUCGAUGCUUACAGACGACACGUCCUGCCCGCUUUAAAGGAGCAACUGCCCUCGGCUUACCUUCUUUGGCAGAUCGCCAGUGAGACGGCCAGACAUCAUCGCGAUUUUGAAUCCCUCAAAGUCGACAUCCAGACCACUUUGGGUGCUGCUGGCGUCAACGCCAGCUUUGCCACUCCGAUGAAACGAUCGCACUCUGGGUCUUCAAGCUCCGAGAGCUCGUCUCAACAUUCUGGUGAUCUAUCCGAGUCGGACUCUGAUGAAGGCGUCCCCGUCACGCCUGCCACGUCGAUCUUCUCCCCUUCAUCUUCCGAAUGCUCUUCGCCUCUUCAGUCUCCACGACGUCGCAUGGUCGUCAACCCUUCCGCUUACCUCCUCACGCUCCCACCCGCGCCGACAGUUCCCGAUUCUCAUCGAACAGUGUACUCUUCUCAGCUCGCUCGACUCUCCCUCCUCGUCACUCGAUUGAGCUCGAUCAAGAAGCUCAACGCAAAGUACGAGCGAGAAGAAGGCAAGCGACGAUGGCUCGAGUCUCUUGAACGUGGUCGUGCGGGUGAUCGAGCCCUCCGCAAGGCAUACUCCAACAAGGAGCCCACUCCCAACGUCCGAUUGACCGCCGAGCCAAUCAAGCGAAGUGGUCUUUGGAGAAGUUGGACCCUCGACGAUCAAAUGCGAGCCGAAGUCAAGGAAGCCGCCAAGGCUGCUCUUCACCCAGCCAUGAUGGAAUCGAUCGACGAAGUCGCAGUCACUUCGGAUGACGAUACCGAGGAUGAUCACUCGCAAGCUUCAGGCUCAACCAUCCGACACAACGGACCUAGAAUUUAUAUCCCGCCCACUGUCGAAGAGGACAUUGACGACGCCGCAGCGACCAUCAUGGUCUGCGAGCAGAUCAUCCACGUUUCCGCUCGACCUUCGCUCGAGAGGGCAAACGAAGAGGAGGAAGACGAGGAAGAUGAGAUCCCCACUCUUUCGCCUCCAUCCUCCCCCUCUGCCUCUUCAUCCGAUACAGAGGAGGAGCCUUCAACCCCUGCCAUGGACAGGGAAGACGAUCUCUUCACUCCUCCUUCUAUCGAUGAUAUCUGUGUGACCUCGUCCUCCUCUGCUCUGAUGGGAGCACCUCUCAGCCGAUCGAAAUCACGCCUCGAAACCAACUCCAAGAAUCUCCCCCAGAUCAAAAGUAUCGUGGGGUGGGGCGGAGUCAGUGAUGAUGCUGAGGUCGAAGAGGUCGAAACGUACGCCGGUGUCGAAGUCAUCUACGCCUAA